ACGAGCUCGGAGCUCCCAAAAUGCUGAGCUCGCCCAUCACCCACCACGUUCCUUAAUAUGGUGUCACUAUUAUCUUCCAGCGUCCUUCUACGGCGCAAUCCUCUCAUCCUAAAGCUCCCGCCAUAUUUGUCCUUUCUCUGCAUAGUAAUCGGCGUCGCCUGGCUGCUCGUCCUCCCCUUAGACAACUACUCACGAAGAACCUAUAUCUCCGAAAACGCCCUCCUGCCAGGCCAGGUGCAUACGUAUUUUGCUGGGAGUGACCAGAAUGUGUUCAGGGGGUAUAAGCGCGAGGUUGAUGCCCUGGAGGGGAGCGGCAACAUUGAAGUGAACGACAAAUUAGAGGAAUUCUUCAAAGCUUCAGGACUGAAGGUUGCGAGGCAGAGCUACGAGUACAAGUCGGCAGGAGAAACAUAUGCUGGGGAGAACAUCUACGCCAUUUUGCAUGCACCGAGAGGAGACGCCACGGAAGCCAUUGUACUUGUCGGAGCGUGGUGGAACAUGGAGGGGAAACUGAACCGCAGCGGUGUUGCACUCAUCUUAACUCUGGCGCGGUAUUUCAAGCGGUGGUCGCUCUGGUCGAAGGAUAUUAUAUUCCUAAUUACGGCAGAUAGUAAGGCGGGACCGCAGGCUUGGGUUGAUGCGUAUCAUGAUACGCAUCAGUCGGGUAUGGUUGACUCACUGCCGUUAAAAAGUGGUGCUUUGCAGGGUGCGGUGGUUAUUGACUAUCCUUUCGAUCACCGGUUCCAGGAUAUACAUAUUGUGUAUGAUGGGAUCAAUGGCCAGCUUCCAAACUUGGAUCUUUUGAAUACGGUGGUGUCGAUUAGUGGGCACAUGGGUAUUGGGACCUCUCUACAGCAAAUGUGGCAACACUCAGACAGCUACAGAGACAGGCUGCAGACUAUGCUUCGAGGGAUGUUGAACCAAGGCUUGGGUCAUGCUUCCGGACCACAUAGCAGUUUCAUCCCAUACCAUGUGGAUGCCAUUACAUUGCAGCCAUUUGGGGAAGGCUGGCAAGACGAAAUGGCCAUGGGAAGAGUCAUCGAAAGCACUUUCAGAAGUUUGAACAACCUGUUGGAACACCUCCAUCAGAGUUUCUUCUUCUACUUGCUUAUGCAAGCUGAUCGCUUCGUGAGUAUUGGCACUUAUCUCCCAAGUGCUAUGCUAGUUGCGGUCAACUUCACGAUCAUGGCCAUCUUCCUCUGGGUGAAGAGUGGAUCACCAAAUGGAGAGAGCUCGAAUGUAUCCUUGACAGUCGAAGCUGGGGAGAAGAAAACUCCACUAGCCAUAGUGAAGGAAGGAGAUGCCAAAGCUCUCGCCCCCGAAGCAACCAUCGCGGUUCGAGAACGAGAGCUCUUCCUCCCCUUGGCCGUAGUAGCCGGCUCACAAUUCCUCGGUGUUUUACCCCUGUACAUCUUCAACCACACACCUGAAGCCAUGCUCCACCCAAUAUUCACCGCCUUCACCAGCAUCAACGGUUUCUUCCCACUGAUCCUCUCCGCCCUCCUAACUCACUACUUCGCCCCAACAGCCCACCACUAUACCCUCAUAAAAACCUUCUCCCUCCUCCUCCUCGGCCUCUUCCUCUCCUCCCUCGCAACGCUGAACUUCUCCCUUGCCUUUCUUGUCGGUCUCCUCUCCGCGCCUCUCACUUAUAUGCAACCCCUUCCCAACCGGCCCAUCGUCAAGGGUGUAUUGGCGGUGCUGCUAAGUGCGUUAUCGCCAACGACGGUUCUUGUGGCAGGGUGUUGGUGGUGGGAGUUAGGGAUUGGCAGGGUGCUGAAAGAGGCGGCGUUUGGCUGGGAUGUGUGGGGGAUGACGACGCAGGUUGUGGUUUGGUGUGUUUGGUGGCCUGCGUGGCUUGUAGGUAUGGUGCUUUUGUUUGGGAAUCCGAGGGAGGAGAAGGUGAAGGGGGCAGGAAACACAAUCGAGACGGUUAAGACUUAGGUGGUGUGGGAGAAUUUGCAUAUAGAAGGAGUAUUUAGGAAUUAAAAUGUAUUGGGUUCGGACAUGAAGUCCACACGGGUUGUUGCGACUGAAAAGAUACAGGCAAGUGACCAAACAUCGAUUGGCUGGUGAACUGCCGUAGAAGUUCUACAUGUGCUCGGAUGACAUUCGGGAGGCGCCAAAUGUCUCUGUACCUCAUAACACUUCGCCCAUGGAAUUCCGACUGUCUUCUUGCUGAUGUGUGCGAAUCCUAGGC